CUUACAACAACUGCAUCUAUCCGAUUGACGCCUAAUUGCCACAUAAACCAAAAUUAUAGGGUUAUAUUUCAGCGAAAAAAGGCCGUUUCAUUUAAUAAUUUCAGUGACUCGACAAAAUUCCAGAUCGCGAUCGCAAACCGUCGUCACCAAUAUCAUGGAGUUUCAGGCCGUGAUCUUAGCAGCUGGUCGAGGCUCCCGAAUGUUAGAUUUGACUUCCAGUACACCUAAAGCACUUCUACCCAUCGGGAAUAAACCGCUGAUUUGGUAUCCAGUUAAUCUACUAGAAAGAGCUGGGUUUGAAGACGCCAUUCUUAUUUGUUUAGAAUCAGCAUGUACCGAUAUAAAGAAUGCAUUGGCGUAUAACACUAAACUAAACCUAGAUAUCGUUAGUAUACCGACAGACGAAGACUGGGGUACGGCAGACUCUCUCAGAUAUAUCAAAGAUAAAAUAAAGACAGACAUCAUAGUAUUGAGUUGUGAUUUGGUUACCAACGUCUCAUUGCACCACAUAGCAGAUGUACAUAGAACAUACGAUUCGACUAUUACAAUGUUGUUAUCGAAUAUACCGGAAGAGUCGACUGAUAAUAUUACAGUACCCGGUGUCAAAUCAAAACGAAAACAAGUCCAGCAAGAUCUUGUCGGUUUGGACAAAAAAGGAAAACAUGUCUUAAUUCUGGCAUCAGAGGCUGAUCUUGAAGAUACUUUAACUGUCAGACUUAAAUUAUUAAAAAAGCAUCCACGAAUCAGAAUACAUAAUAAAUUACUGGACGGUCAUCUCUAUAUUAUGAAAAAAUGGGUUGUUGAUUUCUUGUGCGAAAAAAAGUCUAUUUCAACCAUCAAAGGUGAACUUUUGCCAUAUUUGGUGAAAAAACAGUUUUCUAAACCCAAAAAAGUAGAUGAAAAGUUGGCAGAUAUGUCUGUAAUACCGGAACCUGAUGAACAGCCACAAGAUGUGUUUAGUUUUUGUAAAGAAGAUGAGCUGACAGCAUUGACACAUGAUAUGUCUACGUGGAAUGAUCAUACAGGAGAUAUGGCAGACUGUUACCAUAACGACAUCAUCCGUUGCUAUGCCUACACUAUGCAGAGUGGACACUGUCUUCGUGUGAAUACAUUGCCAGCAUAUAUAGAAGCCAAUAGAAAUAUUUCAAAGCAGAUCAGUUCUUUGCUGUUAGAUGCAGAAGAGCCACUGAUACACAGUGCGGCUGUCGUCAAGAAUAAAUCACAGAUUGGGCAUGAUUGUAUGAUUGGAGAAGGGUCUAACUUAACAGAAAAAGUCUCUGUAAAGAAAUCUAUUAUUGGUAAACAUUGUAAAAUUGGUGAGAAAGUGCGAAUUUCAUCGUCUAUCAUAAUGGACCAUGUUACAAUAUCAGAUGGGUAA